UAGAGUGAAAAAAAACUGUAUGAACGUAUUGCUGUGUGAAUGUGUUUAGCUGAGAAGCAAAGGAGGAGAAUACACUCAGUACUUUUAAGCACUGCAGUCAGAAACAUGGACAGUCCACACAGCCUCAAUCAGGGGAAUAACUUUGUGUUAAUGAAUCUGUAAAGAAGAUAUUCAAUAUUCUUGGCAAUGGAAAUUAAGACUCAAACAAGUGAUGAACGUCGAUGGUUUGAAAAAUAUGCUUUUUCUGCUGCAAUGCAGAAUGAAAGCACUGAUUCAUGAAGGAAAAGUCAACAUGAAUUAGGGACACAUUCACAAUAAUGUUACACUGUUGGUGAAAUAGAAAAGUCUCCUGAGAUGCCCAACAAAUAUGGUCACGAGAGAGCCAGCAUCUUUAUGUCCUCCCUUAGGAUGGACAGACAGAACAGUAGUGGGAAAAAGAUGAAGAAAGUCAAAAACUUUCGUUCUAUAUCCAAGUCUCUUAUACUUUGCAAUGCCAAGAACAGCGAUGAUGGCUCCAGUCCUGAGGAAAAAUACUCUGAGAUUUCUGAGAUGUCGCGCUCCAGCAUACACGAAUGUGAGCUGCCCCCAGCUGAUACACUUCACAUAACUAGCGCAAUUCCAGAUCCGGUUAGCAGGAAAAUAUUCUUGUCAAAAGCUGACUCUAGUGACAAAACUGGAAGCAAGCCAUAUCUUAAGGAAACGACUCUGAACGCUUUUCUAGAUAGUCAAAAUAAACUGGAAAAUCACUGCCUGCUACAAAUGAAGGUUCCAUGUGUUAGGACACGUUGUAAUUCCACAAGUGUAAACCCUUACUGGAUUGGUGAAAUAGACCCAUCUGCAACCAAGCAACAAUCACUGUACAGAGAGAGAUACAUUCCAAACCUGUGUAGCAACAGGAAGUCUUUAUCUCAGCAGCUAGAUUGUCCUACAGGGGCUGUCCACGUGGGUGUUUCCCGUUCAUCAAGGUCUCUGAGUUCAGCACAGCUAAUGAACAUCAGAAGCUCCACACAAGCCUCUGUUAUUUCCAAUAUCAUUUUAAUGAAAGGCCAAGGCAAGGGGUUGGGAUUCAGUAUUGUUGGCGGGAAGGACAGCAUUUAUGGACCAGUUGGCAUCUACGUAAAGACAAUAUUCCAAGAUGGAGCAGCUGCUGCUGAUGGAAGACUACAAGAAGGGGAUGAAAUUGUGGAACUGAAUGGAGAGCCAAUGCAUGGCCUAACACAUAAUGAUGCUCUACAGAAAUUUAAGCAAGUCAAGAAAGGAGUCAUUACACUUACAGUUCGGACUGGACUCAGCGCCCCAGAUAUCAAACCCUGCAACUCCCAAAUGGUUCGCUCAAAAAGCUCCAGCACUUGCACCGUGAGAGAGCACAGUCCACUACAACCAGAGAGCUCUAACCCCAAUGACAGGGUCCUUAUGGAGGUGUCAUUACAAAAAGAGUCAGGUGUUGGCCUGGGUAUCGGGCUGUGCAGUGUCCCAAUUUGUGGCGGCAUUUCUGGAAUAUUUAUCCAUACUCUCUCUCCAGGCUCCGUGGCCCAUAUGGAUGGCCGGCUUAGAAAAGGUGAUGAGAUUGUGGAAAUAAAUGAGCAUGCAGUUAGCAACAAGUCACUGAAUGAAGUCUAUGCACUGUUAAGCCACUGCCACCCUGGAGCAAUCAUCAUUCUGAUCAGCAGGCAUCCAGACCCUCAGGUGUCUGAGCAGCAGCUGCAGCAGGCUAUGACUGAGGCUCUGGAAAAGGAACAUCCUCAGUGGAACAUGGACGGUGAUAAAAGGAUGGGAUCAUGCUGCCAUGGUAAAUACCAGUGUGAGAGCUGUAUAGAGAGGCACGUUGCAUUCUUGUAUUACAGUCGGAGAGAACAGAAGCAAAUGGUUCGCUCCAGCAGUGACAGCAAUUAUAACCCCAGGUCCAUGUGUGCUAGCACAGACUCCUACCAAGGCUAUGGCAUGAAGACCAGAGUGCAUAGUGUGGAUGUGCCUGUGAGAACGGAGCCUGCGCAGAUGCAUUAUUCUGUCCCCGUCAGCUUAGAAGACCAUUCAGCUCUUGCCAGUGAGGCUCUGAGUACAAAUAAGGUUCUCUGCAAGAAAAACAGUGGACACUCAGGAGAGAUCAUAGUUAAGAAACUAACAUCAAAACCAGCCCCACCACCCAGGAAGUACUAUAAGCAAGAUACAAGGGAUGAUGAAGCAGGAAACUUGCUACUGAAGGGAAACCAGCAAAUGACAGCCCACAAUGUGUUAGAUGGAUCUUUAUCUUCAAGCGAGUCCUUGCACACAGCGAGUGCUGAUCAGAAGUCAUCAGACACAGGAAAUCCUAUUGUGUCUCAUCACAAGCCACUACUGCGACGACAGGCACGUGUUGACUACAGUUUAGAUACAACUGCAGAAGAUCCGUGGGUAAAAAUUUCCGAUUGUAUUAAAAACUUAUUCAGCCCUGUUAUAACUGAAGACCACAGCCUAAUGGAUGUAGAUGGGAACAACAGCACAGGAGAGGACACCUCCUCGCAUGCACUUAUAGACCGAGGGCAUCAACAAAUUCAGGGUGGUGACUCCAGUUCUACGAUCUGCAGAGCAGAAGAGAUGAGUAACUUGAAAAAAGGUCCACCGGUGGCCCCCAAGCCAGCCUGGUUUCGCCAGAGUUUAAAGGGAUCUAAGACUGUAGAUCGAAAAUCAGACAGCGCUUAUCUUGUUAAGCCCAGGGAACUUAAUAUUGGUUUUAGACCACAGAUUUCAGGAAGGACCUCAUCAAUAAAACAAAAGAUAAGUUCAUUCGAAACAUUUAGUACACCACAGCCAGUAACAAAAGGAAAUGAUAGCCCCAGCACUCGGUCUCCAGUCCACCAUGAGAAACCAGCUAACAAGGAAGUAGAGGUAGAAUGUGUAACUGUUUCUUUCAAUAAGGUGACUGUGAACUCUGUUGAAAAUCAAGUUAAAGAAAUGAGUGAUCUUCAGGUAGAUUCUUCUAAACCUGUAGACAUGAAGGAAACCAAAGUGUCCUACUCUCCACCAAAAUCCAGCUUGUUAAGUACAAGAAGAAGCAGCAGUACCAGUAAUGAACCACAACUCCACUCCUCAUAUAUCGAGCUUACUGAGCCUUUACCAUAUAAGGUGCCAAGCCAAAGAUCAAGGAGUUACCCCCUGAGCUCCAGUGCCUCAGCAGAUAACACAAAGAUAAGUGAGAACUGCAGCAAGAUAUAUUCUAUUAGCAACCAAGUGUCUUCAGCCCUGAUGAAAUCUUUGAGUAAUUUCCCACAGUCUUCAUACAUACAGGGCAGUGACUCCUGGCAGACUGAGGCCACCACAGAGGAAGAAAACUCAUUGACUGAAAACCAACACUUGGACACUGGGUUCUCUGUGAACCUUUCUGAGUUGAAGGAGUAUGGAGCGGGGCAGAUUGAUAAAGAGAAGGAAGAGAACGUCUCUGAUCCAGCAGUCUCACUGUCUCCCACAACAGCAAGUUCUGCUCAGUCUGUCAUUUCUCUACUUCCCCAUCAAGAACUGACACAGCUAAUAGAGGAAGUCAAAGGCUUGGAUGAAGAAACACUGAAGCAAUUUGAUGACAUCCAUGUUGUGGUUCUACACAAGGAAGAGGGCUCUGGUCUGGGCUUUAGCCUCGCUGGAGGACUUGAUCUGGAAAACAAAGCAAUCACUGUGCACAGGGUUUUCCCUAAUGGACUGACUUUCCAAGAAGGAACACUUCAAAAAGGAGAUAAAGUUUUGUCCAUCAAUGGGAAGUCACUGAAAGGCGUCACUCACAAUGACGCUCUGGGUAUUCUGCGCCAAGCACGCCUCCCCAGACAGGCUGUUGUAGUAAUAAAGAAAGAAAAAGAUGGAGAACAAGAUUUGGACUCAUCAGACUCUUCAAUUUGCACUGUUACUGAUGACACAACACCAUCAAAUUUAGAGGACACAGGUUGUAUAAUUACAGUUACCCUAGAGAAAUCUAUGGCUGGGCUAGGAUUCAGCUUAGAAGGAGGAAAAGGCUCAGUCCAUGGAGACAAGCCUAUUGUCAUAAACAGAAUAUUCAAAGGUGUGUCAGACAAGAACGAUGCUGUUCAGCCUGGAGAUGAGUUACUGCAGUUGGGAAAUAUCACUUUGAAAGGCCUCACUCGGUUUGAGGCCUGGACUGCCAUUAAAACAUUACCCAGUGGGCCAGUACAGGCUGUCAUUAGGAGAACUAGCACUUCUGGCUCUAUGUUCCAAUAAGAAGAACUGCAUGAUGGAGCAGAAUGGACAGCAAAAAUAUACAACUUAAUUUUUCGCCUGGCAUUUUAUUUCUUCAGUGGAUUAUUCAAAAAUAGUAGUGGACUCAUCUAUGUUUCGUUAAAGCAAAACUACCUGGAAUAGCUGGAGUUAAUUAUUAUUAUUUUUUUUAGUUCUACUCCCCUUAAAAAUCCCAUAAUAUUUACAUAUAUUUAGGCAGAAUAUCAGUGUAGCAAUUUUCAUUAGCAGCUGCCACAGUUUACGGAACUGUAUACAUGUUCCAAUUUCUAAUUUGAUGGUGCCAUAAGAUGUUGAAAAAGGUGAAUUAUAUGCAGUAUGGCUGCAGCUGGAACCUCAGAGAACCCUGCUGCAACUACAGGAAUACUCCUUUUGUUUACAGCUAUGUAAAGAGAUCUUUUUCAUUUGAAGCUGGAUGUUAUAAUAUGAUAUAGCAGAAUGUCAACAUUAAACACACAUAUAAAUAAGCUAUUUAUAUAAGGAGAUGAAACAUGUUUUAAUUAAUGGGUCUAGAGCAUAGGUUCUCAAACUCGGUCCUCAGGACCCCAUACAGUGCAUGUUUUGCAGGUCUCCUCACAGAAUCGCAAGUGAAAUAAUUAGCUCCACCUGUGGACCUUUUAAAAUGUGUCAGUGAGUAAUUAAUACACCUGUGCACCUGCUGGGUUACCUGCAAAACAUGCACUGUGUGGGGUCCUGAGGACCGAGUUUGAGAACCUCUGGUCUAGAGGAAUGAUAUUUGUUGAACUAGACAAAACACAUGGAAGUUAAAUAGCAUUUGUACUGUAGAUAAUGUAGACAAUAUAUAUAUUAGAGCAGUCACUCAGGUUCUGAAACUAGUUGGAAUCUGCAUAUAUCCUAUGCAAAACUACAGGCUGGUGCAUAUAUGUCUGAGAUUGCUCACAGCCGAAAGUGCUUGGCACUUAGCCAUGCCUCCCAACAUGACCCUCUCCAGGAGGGCACAAUGAUCUGCUCCUGAACUUUUCUCUUAAUGUAUGAUUGCCAACACCUGUGUUGAACAGGUUAAUGGAUAUGAUAGGUGUUCCGGCACAGGUGAUGGCAAUCAUACAGUAAAAAAGAAGUCCAGAAGCUCCGUCCUGGGAGUAUGACUUAGCUACCAUUCAUACACUUGGGGCGGUAUUCUUUUCACCCCCUUCCACACCCGUUCUGUUUCUGCUGAUUCACGUGGUAUAAUCAUUUCAGUUCACUACCCCUGGGGUAGCGAGGGUGCCCAUAAUCCUUAUAUUUACUAUGGGCACGAUAUGCGCGAUAACGGGGAUCACUUUAGAAAGGAGAUUGGGCGUGAUACAUCAUUUGAAUACCACCCUUGGUGUGAAUCCCCAUAGGUUAAGAAUAAAGUAUAUACUGUAUCUGGGAAACAGGAACCUUGUUGGGUUUAUUAAUACAGUACAGUAUAGUAUGUUAACCGUGCUAGAGACAGAUUGGGCAGAGCUGGGAUCCCUAACCUUGUCCUACCAUGUAGUUAGCCACCAGCCACUUUAACAAACACAGUACCAGCUGGACAUAGUUAGGGAUGUUGAUUAAAGAUUGAGUUAUAUGGAAUACAGGUUGAUGUAUGGCAUGUGCCACCUAGCAGACAGUGGGGGAAAGGAUAUGUAUAGUGAAUCUGUUUAACCUCAUGCUGCACUGCCAUUUCCAUGUGACUUUUUCCAUGUUGUGUUAAGCCACCUCAUCUACCAUCUUUCAUCCUUUCUGAUCAUAACACACAUUUUCCUCCCAAGUCCAAAACUCCACCAACGGCAACAUCCUCCCAACAUGACCCUCUCUUAAGGAGGGACAGAAAGCUCUGCUCCUCGAGUUCUCUAUUAAAUUCUGAUCGCCAUCACCUGUCCUGAAACGCCUUUCUUAUCCAUUAACCUGUUCAAAACAGGUGCCGCCAAUCACAAAUUAAGAGAAAAGUGCAGAAGCAGAGCAUUGUGUCCCUCCUGGAGAGGGUCAUGUUGGGAGGUAUGCUAAUGUAAUGACGAAUUCUGUACAUGUUGCACCCGUAGGCUUUUAGUAUAGUCAAUUAUGAUUUAUGUUGGCAUUUGUUGUGUGACAAGCAGAUUGCUAUUCAAUCAUUAUGAACAUAAUUAAGCAAAUGUACAUAACCAGAAAUUCUGAACAGGCUGUAAUACAGAAAUGAAGGAAUGUUUCAUCAUUCAGGGAUGUAGCAUCUUGUCCUGUGAAUUACAAUCAUCCAGUAAUUUCCUCUGUGGUGGAAAUGCUGUGCUUAUCCCUGGUGGCAAUAAGUAAUUGCACAGAAAGUUUUCUUUUUGGGGGUUUUCAUAACAGAUUAUUGUAGAAUGAGAGCUACAGAAAUAUUUUAUGUUAGCAGCAUUCAUUUUUGUUACACAAAAUAUUAUGAAUUAGGAUAUAAAAAAAAUGUCUAACAGCAGAUUACUUCUUAACGCUUAAAUCACAAUAUCUAGACCUUUUCUGUUGCAUGGAAUGUGACAAAAACCAGGUUUACACCGUCUGUACAACAUCUAUAUGGAACCAGCUGAAUCUAUGCAAUAUCCUAUUUUCAUCAAUAGUCUACUAAUUGUGUGGGUAUAUAUUACAUAUGUAAAUACAUAUGGUUUUGUAAUUGCAAAUAAAAAAAGUUUCUAAUUAA